AUGAAGGGUGAAGCAAAGAGGGUUCUUGGCAACUACGAAGGUGAGUUGUCAUCGUUGAGGGGAAAACAGAACAAUCAUUUUGUCAGAAUGAGAGUUCUGGACGUUGCUCGCCGUCAACGCAGUGCCAAGUCACUGUUGAAAAAUGUUUCAAGAUCCAAACCUCCGGUAUUGCUUGCAAGCAGAGAUGCCUCUGACUUGCUAAACAAUGUCGUUAUUUUUUCUGAGGUGGAUCUUAGCGAUGACGAGAAUGAAAUUUUCGACAACAUUGAGGAUGAUGUGGUUGACGCCGGUGAUCCAGACCAUGCAAAUCCUGGUGAAGGCGGUGAGCCAAACCCAGAAGACGAAAUUCUAAUCACAUUUCAAGACAUUGAGGAAGGAUCAUAA